GACUGAACCAGAACCAGAACCUUCCUGAACUGCGGUUCUUCUGUGGCCGUUUGUUUCUGCACAAGCAUCAAUAAAUGUUCAUGAAAACGUUUUUCAGUUCAGGACGUUUCUGGAAUCUGAAUCCUCUUCCUGCUGGAGGCUCCGCCGCGUCGGCUCCUCCCAGCCUGACGCGGCUCCGCCUCCAGCAGGAGGGUGGCAGGCAGACGGAGACGGACGCAGCAGAGGACAGACCGGAGGACAGACCAGAGGACAGACCAGAAGACAGAGGCAGCAUCUUCACCUUCAUCAUCUUCAUCAUGGAUGCUCUGAGGAAGGGAUUCUCCGUGGCUAAGGAAGGCGUCGUCGCCGCCACUGAGAAGACCAAAGCCGGCGUGGGCGAGGCCGCGACCAAGACCAAGGACGGAGUCAUGUAUGUGGGAAACAAGACGAUGAAGGGCGUGGUGACGAGCGUCAAUUCAGUUGCUCAGAAAUCCACUGAACAGACCAACGUUGUUGCCGACACCGCGGUUGCCGGGGCCAACGAGGUUGCCCAGGCGACGGUGGAGCGCGUGGAGAACGUGGCGAGCGGAUUGGUCAAGACGGCUGCAGCAGCAGAUCAGCCUGAACCUGCAGCUCAGUAGACUCAGAAUGUUUCCGUCACAGAGGAGAGAAGAAGAAACUCAACGCUAACCUGCUGCUCUGCUGCUCCUCCUCUGCAUUGUUAACCUCAUUAACCAAUCAGAGCGCCGACUGCCUUGUUGCCAUGGUUACAUGGUUUCCCUUGGUUAUGCUUGGAUGAUUUAACACUCAGGUCACUGCUUUCAGAUGAUUGGCUCAUUGAAGUGUUCAACUCCUGCUGCUCACCUGUUUACCUGUAAGCCACGCCCCCUGAUCCAGCCACGCCCCCUGAUCCGGCCACGCCCCCUGAUCCAGCCACGCCCCCUGAUCCGGCCACGCCCCCUGACCCAGCCACGCCCCCAGAUCCGGCCACGCCCCCUGACCCAGCCACGCCCCCUGAUCCAGCUCUACUAAUGCUUGAAGCUUCACUGAAACAGACGAAUGAUGGAGUUUACUCUGAUUCAGGCUCAGCUGGUUGAAUCUUUUAUAAGCUGGAAGAAAUAAAGAGUUUAAAAUGAA